AUGGUUAUCAUCACUACAAGCGCUCACGAGUCGGACACCGCCGACGAGUACACGGAACUGAUCCGUGAUAUCACCGAAGAGGUGGACCACAGCGACGGUAGCGAGUCGUCAGGCAUGGAGCCCAUCGACAAGCUAUCACUGUUUCGAGAUAUCAAUGCCACGAAUGAGGACGACAUGGACUCCGGGAACAGUUCGCCGGUGACUGCCCUCCAGAAGUACUUCGAGAGCUAUGUGUCGAUCGCCACGAAUGUGCCGUUUCUGGUGGUAUUGGCGUUCAAUGCUGUCUAUGGCCACAAAAUCGGUGAUAACGUGAAGAACUUGACGUCUUUCGUGAUGAUUAUUGUUAUAUUCAUAAUGACGACAAUAUUUGUCAAAAUAAAUACAGAUUUAUAUCAGCAGACAUUCUUCAGUCUAACCAUUGCGUCGAUAGUAUUGUUGUCGACAUCGGCGGGUACUCUGCAGUCGAGUGCGUCGGGCAUCGCAUCCCUGUUCCCAUCGCAGUGUAUGCACGCUAUGGUCAGCGGACAGGCGGUGUCCGGACUGUUCGCCGCUAUGGCGCAGGUGUUGGCACUGAUGGGUCACUGGGAGGUCGUGAACACCGCUUUCUACUACUUCCUGAUGGCGGACAUCACUCUCGUGUUGAGUCUUAUUAUGUAUUUAUACACCAAACAGACCGAUUUCUAUCGACACCACAAACAGCGUGUGAAACAAAGUCGACGCCAAAUGCAAUCAUUUGCGUUGAGUAGUGAACACAACUUUUUGCAAUCCAUUGUAUAUGAGAUUUGGCCGCAUUUGCUGUCAUCUACUCUAGUGUUUUGGGUGACACUCUCUGUGUUCCCCGCCAUCACAGUACUGGUGGCCCCCCAGAGGCCCGACACCUCCUACUGGACGGGCAAAUACUUCAUACCCGUCACGUGUUUUCUGUUAUACAACUUAAGCGAUCUGAUGGGUCGGUUCGCGGGCCGAUUCUGUCCCAUACCGGCCCACAGUAGGCACACCGUACUGGUGGUGGCCAUCGCCCGGGUGGCGCUCAUACCCCUCAUUAUGUUGUGUAACGCCCUCCCGAGAGCCCACUUACCCGUCGUGUUUGCGAGCGAAGUGUAUUACGUGUUGUUUAUAACGCUAUUGGGUUUCAGUAACGGCUUUGUGUUGAUUAAUGUGAUGAUCAACGGGCCGACACUCGUGGGCUACCAGUACCGCGAAAGGGCCGGCUUUUUAUUGGUGUGCUGUUUGGGCGCCGGCCUUACCCUCGGAUCCUUUUCCUCCAAUAUUUUAUUGCGAUUUUUAUAG